UACAUCAUAUUCCACAGAAUACUGCCACUGAGCAAUACUGCAGUUUCGUUCGGAUUCACCUGGCUCUCUUAUAACAUUUAUUAAGGGGCUCCCUUCUCAGUCUCAACAAGCCACGUUCUGGUAUGCUUUAGAGAACAUCGUUAAGACAAAAGGCAACUCCUGCAGUAUUCAAGAGCUCUUUUCUGCUGACCUAGGAAAGAACAUGCUGCCAAUACAUAUAUUUGUGUGUACUAUCUGGUGCUUGGCAUCUGCAGUAACUAUAGUUGUAAAAAGUCAAGAAUUGGACAAUCAGAUUCUGGUAACUGGAGAAGUUACUUUAACAGAUUGCCAAAUAAAAGACUUUUCAAGGUGGGAUAAGUUAUUUACAAUGCUAGAAAACUCUCAUAUGAGACAGAAUAUGCUGAUUCAGUACUUUGAAGAAGCUAAGGAGGAUCUAGAGAAGGAGAGAGCUACAAAGUCAGCACAGUCUUGCAGUAACUGCAUUAAGAACAUGACUUCAGAGAUUGCAGAUAUAUUGCAGACAACGUGUCAGCCUGAUGCCACUUUGAGAAAAUAUGCAGAAACAACAAUUACUUUAAACCUUGAAAUAGCAGAAAGACUUGACCGCAUUGAAAGUGACUUGAAAAAAGUAAAUAAUUCUAAAUGCACAAAUACAGAAGAUCUAGAAGAUGAAGAUGAAGAUGAAGAAACCACAAAAGCACUCAUUGAUUUUAUACUGAAAACCAAAGCUUGGAUCAGCAAGUCCCAACUACCAUCAGGUUGUGACGUAGCCGUACUAUUUCCAAUGAGAUCACCCAAAAUUUAUGCAAGUGUGCACCCAGCACGCAUGAAUCUCCAGGCCUUCACUUUCUGUGUAUGGACUAAAGUGACAGAAUCCUUGGAAAAAACCAUUGUCCUUUCCUAUGGCACUAAACGUAAUCCUUACGAAAUCCAACUAUAUUUGAACAAACAGUCCCCAGUGCUGAUUAUAGGUGGGGAUAGUAACAAGAUACACACUGACAAUGUGCUGCAGGAAGGGGAAUGGUCACACCUGUGUGGCACAUGGAACUCUGAAGAUGGAAGCACGGCUUUAUGGAUCAAUGGAGAGAACUCCGCUACCAGUAACGCACUGGCCGUGGGCCAUGUCAUCCCUGAUAGAGGUAUAUUUCAGCUUGGCCAAGAAAAGAAUGGUUGUUGUGUAGGAGGAGGGUUUGAUGAAUCAUUAUCAUUCUCUGGAAAGAUUACAGGCUUUAAUCUGUGGGAUAAAGUACUCGAUGAAGAUGACAUUAUAAAGAGUGGCGCAGAAGGUGGUUGCAGUUUUCGGGGAAAUAUUGUUGGAUGGGGGACAACAGAAAUCCAACCACAUGGAGGGGCACAAUAUAUCCAUUAGCAUUGCGAGUUUGAAAAUGUUGGCACAACUUGCAUAAUAUGCAUUAAGGUUUAGAUGAAAAUGUCCCAUGAUUAGGAAAAUAAAAAAGGUAAUUUAAAAUAUAUUUUUUUCAGACCUAGGUUUGUAAUUCUAGCCAAACAUUGUCAAUUCUAGAUUCAAGUUCAUAGCAUUUAAGUUUAAACGUUAAAAUGAGAACUCAACACAUGAAAAAAAUUCUUAUUUAAGUCAUGUUUAUUUUCUGUGUAGGCUAAGAUGAAUUAUCUAAUUCACCAAAUCUACUAAUAGCAUGCCAAACAGCACAUUUCCCCUUUUUCUACUGUAUUAGUAAGGCAAUAACCAACUAUGGGGCAACACGCAGCUAAUCAAUCAGUAUGAACAGACUUGCCCUAGUAGUUUGUUUUAAAUGUGAACAGCAGUUAUGCAACAAAGAACCAAAAAGACAUACAUUGAAUUAUAACCACUUGUUUUAAUCAACCAUUAUAUUUGUAAUUAUAUAAUAAUGUACUAUAUUGUAAAUUGAAUUUGUAAGAACUACAUUAAAUAAAUAUUACUGUAUUUUUGUAAAAGUGUAACAUAGAGAAAGAUACUAAAGCGUUAUGAUGCUGUUACAAUAAUGCAUAUCUUUGCAAUGGAAAUCUAAACACAUGACAAUUCUGUUUACUUUGUUUUCUGCACAAUAUCACUGAUUUAGAUUGUACAAUAUCGAUUAUAAAACAUUAUUAGAAGGUUAUUGCUGGAUAUAUAGACACUGUGAGGCUGAUGCUGAGUUGCUUGUCAAUCUGUUUGCGUAGCUUAAACUACGCAAAUUGGUUGUGUGCAUGCCCAACAGAUAAAAGCAUAUGCAGAUCUAGUCAAACCUUACACUACCAGAGCCUUCUUGUGACUGAGAGGCAAGAUGGCGAGAAUAGGGGUUGUCUAAUGCAGCCAAGUACACAAAGGGUAUGUUAACGUAAUUGCAAGUGAACUGGCAUUGAGAUGCAUAUACGCCUCCCUGUAGACAUAUCAAUUGUAGGUGGGACUGUAGCAUAUAAUCACUGAUGAUACAGAGGGUCGCACACAGCAGCUACUCUUUUCUGAUUGGCUAUCUGUGAAGCUGAUGAGGGCUUUCUUCAUUGCAUGUGCAUAUAUGGGUGUAUUUUAGGUUUUGGGGUUUUUUACCUUUUAUUAUACAAGAAGGAAAACCAUAACUACUGUAUUAGAGAGGGUUUAUUUUAUGUUAUUCAAACCUAAAAGUGACUGUAUAUUUUGCUAUCAAAACAACUGCUUUAAAAAAAUAAAAAAUAAAAAUAAAAAAAAAGUUGAAAAUGUAGAUGUACACCUGAUGAUCGGACCAACUUUGCCUAUGUGCGCAAUUCCUUCCUUUUCUUUCUUACUGAUCACAUUGUAAGUUUGCAAAUACAUUCAAACUCAGCAUCAGCCCCUAUAUGUUCAGAACUGAUAUUAUUUUAAGACACAAAUUUAAACUAUUUUAUUAUUGCCACUAUGUAACAAUAUCUCUUGACCUCUUGUAUUCAGUAAAAAAAAUUGUGAUUUCAAACAUGUUUCUAUAAAAUAAAUUAAAACAAUGUUUUA